AUGGGAACGCAGCACGGCGAGGCAGCGUCAUGGCGAUCGGGGGUGGCCGGCUACAUGGACCAGCCUGGCGCCUGCGGCACCGACCUGACUCUACUCCCGGCGGCCGUUCACGACGCCGGGCCGCUCGGCGUCGAGGCGUGGCAGGCCGCCCUCGCGCUCUUAGUGCUGCUCCUGGCUGCGCCCACCGUCGGACGCGCGGCCGCUGGCCUGUUCGGGGUGCAUCCGAUGGCGGGGUGUAUCCUGCUCGGCCUCCUCGCCUGCGCUCCUGUCGUCGACAUGCUGCCUAUGGCCGCUGCCCUCGAGCACCUGCGGCCGGCGUCGACCGCCUGCCGCGCCCUCGUGGCUCUCGAGUCGGCGCUGCACGUGGCGCCUCUGCGAGACCUGUGGCGCACCCACCGAGGCAGUGCCGCAGCCGGAGUGGUGCACGCCCUGUGCUGCGCCGUGGCGGCCUUUGUGGCGCUGCGGCUAAUCACAGCAGAGUGGGUGGGUGCGCCCCGCGCAGCCAGCGCUCUCGGCGUCGGCCGCGCGCCGGCACCCGACGCGGUAGUGCUGCCCGUCAUGGUCGGCGAGUAUGCCCUGGCGACCGCCGCUGCAAUUGGGGUGGUGUCAGCCGCCGCGGAGCCCACUUGCAUGGCCCAGCUGCUGCACGACAUGCACAGUGCCGGAGUCUUUUCGGCGACAAGCCUCCACGCCACCAGCGGCGCGAUGCUGGCGUCGGUGUUGCUCCUACUGGCGCUCACGCCGGUGGUUUCGAACGCACACUACGGGAUCAGCUUCUCCUUGGCCUCGGCGGCCGUCUCCGCCGGCCUCACCCUCGCCGUGGCGGCCGCCCUGUCGGCGGUGCUGCUCGGCAUCAACAGGACGCCCCUCCGGGCAGCAAUCCAGAGCCGCAGGUCCUUGCCUCUGGUUGGAAAGGCCGGGGCCCAGAUGCUUGGCUACACGAGAGCGCACGCGAGCGAGAUCGCUCGGGGGCUGAAGGGGGUCGUCGUUCUCGCAGUCGCCUUCGCCACCUUCUGCGCCGCGGACACGAUGGAGCAGUCCAGCGGGAGCGUCAGAGAUGCGUCAAGCGCACUCUACAGCUGCGCAGUCUUCGAGGGCCAGUGCACGGCGGUUCCGAAUGCGACUCACUGGAGCGAAGGGGCCGUCUGCACGCUCGGGUACCAGGCGCCGGGGUCGACACCGACGUCGACGCCUCUCUCCUUCCAGCCGUGGCUGGCGUGCUUUUUCGCGUCUCUCUUUGUGGCCGCGGGCGUCGGUGGGGGGGCCGGCGCUCGCACGCGGUGGCAACUCGUCCUGCAGCCGUGGUCUGAGAGCGCUCAUCUCAUGCUAGCGACGCUCUCGGGCAUGUGGCUCCCAACCUUUGGUGUGUUGGGUGCGCCGGGCGCUGCAGCCUGCGCCAUCUUCGUCCUCCGCGCAGUGGCCUCCGGGCUAGUGUCCCUUGUAGCCGCCAUGGCUCAGCGCCAGCCAAGAUCGGCCGUUGCGGCCGCGCCUGUGCGCGGACUCGUGCAGGCGCAGGUGGCCCUCUGCUUCAUGUGGGAGCUCCAGCAACGCGCUCCGGCGCUGCAGGCGUUCCCUUUCGACUUUGCCGCCAUCGGUGGCACGCUAGUCCUACUCGAACUCAUCGCCGGCCCAGUGCUGCUGCGGCUUGCGGUGCGGCUGGCGGGAGAGAUGAACGUCGACCGGAUUGGGAGGGCGCGCGUGCUGGGCGUGGAGGGCGCGCCUCCGGACGUGACCCUCAAGCUCUUUGAGUGGGAGGUACACGCCGACCUCGCGGGCCAGCACGUGGCCGAGUUUGAGUGGAGGGUUCGUGACGUCGAGACGGUGCCCAUCCUCAACGACGGCGCGAUCCGGCAGAUGCUACUAAGCACGCGCGUGGACGCCUUUGUAAGCAUGAUGGAGAGCGACAGGCUCAACCACGCGGCGUGCCAGCUCGUGCUCGAGAGGCACGCCGAUGCUGUCCCCCUCUGCAUCGUCCGGUGCGUCGACAAAGCGUGGCAGCGAAAGUUCGCCGUGCUGGAGCCCGCGGAGGGGGUGCGGGUCGUGUCCGACCUUGACACGUCGGUCCGCAAUCUUCUCAACCAGUUCGUUCAGUCGUCGCAGUCGGCGUCCCUCCUCCUAAACGACGACCCCGCCGCUGACGUCAUGACUGUGACGAUGACGGAGAAGGAGAAUGGCAGACCGGUGCGCAGCCUGCGUGUGCCAGAGGAUGUGCAGGUGCUAGCUAUAUAUCGCGACCCGGCGGCGCCGUCCCCGAUCGAGAGCCGCCGAAACAGCCCGGUCGUUGUCACGGCCGAGGAGCUGCAGGCGAUCGCCGCGCCUGAGCCGAGCAAAAGGCCGCGAAAUAGGACAUCGGCGGCCAACGGCUCGAUCAGCGAGAUGCAAGACAGGGUGGCCAUCGUGCCGCACGGGCACACGGUGCUGCAGACCGACGAUGAGGUGACCAUAUGCGGGCGGCCCAGCUCGCUCGCCACGGUCACGGCGCUUCGAAAGGGCAAGGUUGUCCUCGUGCAGCAUGACGGGAAUCUGAGGGACCAGUGA